AUCAUAGUUCCACAUCUAGUCUUGAUUAAACCUUCCCAAUUUUGGUUCUCUGCUAAAACAAUUCCUGUCGUUCUAGCUUAACAAUAUUUAGCCUUCGUUCAAAGUUCAACAAACCACCAUGUCAAUUGCUGCUAAUUCUUCGGCGAAGAAGAUGAUCUCGUUGAAAUCUUCGGAUGGAGAGGUGUUUAAAGUCGAGGAAUCCGCGGUGGUCGGAUCCCAAACCAUCAAACACAUGAUCGAAGAUGAUUGUGCCAGCAAUGUCAUCCCUCUUCCCAACGUUGCUGGAAAGACUUUGGCGAAGGUCAUUGACUAUCUGAAACGCCAUUACCCCAACUCAAAGGAAAACGACGAUGAUUUGAAGGCAUUCGACUCUGACUUUGUGAAGGUAGAUCAGGGGACUCUGUUUGACCUCAUAUUGGCGGCAAACUACCUGGACAUCAAGGAAUUGCUGGAUUUAACUUGUCAAACAGUCGUGGACAUGAUGAAGGGCAUGACUCCGGAGGAAAUUCGCGAGACUUUCAAUAUUAAGAAUGAUUUUACUCCGGAGGAAGAAGAAGAAGUCCGCAGGAAGAACGCCUGGGCUUUCGAGUAGUCGACUAGUUAUGAUCAGAACUGAUAGC